CCUUUUAGGGGCAGCUCCCCUUAAUACCGCCCCGUGCCCACCUACACCCUUCUAUGUGCAUGAGCACCCCCUUGUUGCUUCCCCCCCUUCCAUGCGUGUCCCAUGCGUGGCCUCUCUGUGCUCUGUACCCCCUUCUGUUCCCCAAAAACCUCUCAGUGGUGCAAUGCUAUUUUUUUCUCCCCCAUUUCCCCCCCCCCCUCAGUUUUUGCAAACGCUGCGUUGAGUCACUGAAGUUUGCAGCGUGGACGGUGCUUUGCUUUGUGGGAGCACCGUGACCCUGGUGAUGUGGGUGCUGCCCCCGGGUUGUGGGGGUUCACCCCGGAAUGGAGGUGGGGGGGGCAGGGAGGGCUCAGCUAAAAACCUACAGCAGUCAGCAGCUGCAAAGCUGUGCUGUGUCCUUGCAAGGAGGGGAUGGAGCAAAGACUCAGCUUCUCGUGCUGCCUGCUGUCCGGUCAGCCUCGUGCCUUACUGCCGCAACAGUUAAUUUCGUUUCUUUCCCAUGCGGUGGAAACACUGUAAAAGCAAGUUGUUAAUGGGAAGUGGCUUAAUGAGGGGGGAACUGCAGUGCUUAGGCUGCUGCUCAUGCUGUACCAAGCGUGUAGCUCUGGGAUCAGAGUGCUGCCUUCGGGUGGGGACUGGACCUCUCCUCUCCUGUUGCACUGAGUGGCUCAGAGCUGGGCACUAGGAAUACUGUGCAAUGGCAGCGUGCAAGGACAUAGCUCCUCCUGCCAGCGCUUGGCUGGGGCUGCUCACCAGGGCUCGUUUUGCAUGUGGGACUUUGUGGGGUCGGGGCUGCACUGAGAGGUCCCUGCCCAUGGGGCGCAGCGGGGGUGACAGCAUCCAGAGUGGCUGGUGGUUCUGUGGAGGUGUGUCCACGCUGGGGCCUGUUGUAAACAUUCUCUUAAAUCUGUCUAACUCAUGCCUGUCCUGCUGUGUCCCCUGCCUGGCGCUGCUGGUGGUGGAGCAGUCACUCUCAUUGCUGUGUCCCCGCAGAGCGCUGCUCCCACGGCCCCGCCAUGGCCACGCCGGAUGUCAGCGUGCACAUGGAGGAGGUGGUGGUGGUGACGACGCCGGACACGGCGGUGGAUGGCAGCGGGGUGGAGGAGGUGAAGACGGUGCUGGUCACCACCAAUCUGUCCCAGCAUGGCGGUGACAUAAAUGAGGACACUCUGGAGACAGAAAACGCAGCUGCUGCGGCCGCUGCCGCCUUCACAGCAUCCACGCACCUGAAGGAAGCGGUCCUAGAAGUGAAGAUGGCUGAAGAUGAGGACAGCUUGGAAGCAGAGAUCGUGUACCCCAUCACCUGUGGGGACAGCAAAGCCAACCUCAUCUGGAGGAAAUUUGUGUGCCCCGGGAUCAAUGUGAAGUGUGUGCAGUUCGACGGACACCUCAUCAGCCCCAAGGAGUUCGUGCACCUGGCAGGCAAGUCCACGCUGAAGGACUGGAAGCGGGCGAUCCGGAUGAAUGGGAUCAUGCUCCGGAAGAUCAUGGACUCGGGGGAGCUGGAUUUCUACCAGCACACCAAGGUCUGCUCCAACACGUGCCGGAGCACCAAGAUCGACCUGACCGGUGCCAGGGUGUCUCUGAGCAGCCAGACCUCCACGGAGUACAUCCCUCUCACUCCUGCUUCCGCAGAUGUGAACGGAUCCCCAGCUACAAUUACCAUAGAAACAUGUGAGGACGCCGGUGAUUGGACCACCAGCAUUGGAGAUGACACCUUUGCAUUCUGGAAAGGCCUGAGGGAUGCAGGUCUUCUGGACGAUGUCAUCCAGGAGUUCCACCAGGAGCUGCUGGACACCAUGCGGGGUUUGCAGCAGCGUGCACAGGACCCCCCCCUGCAGCUGGGUGAUGCUGUUCUACUGAACAACGUGGUGCAGAACUUCAGGAUGCUGGACCUGGUCAAGAAAGUCCUGGCCAGCCACAAGUGCCAGAUGGAUCGCUCCAGGGAGCAGUACACACGGGAUCUGGCAGCUCUGGAGCAGCAGUGUGACGAGCACCGGAAGCGUGCCAAGGAGCUGAAGCACAAAUCGCAGCACCUCAACAACGUGCUGAUGACUCUCACUCCCGUCUCUGUCCCCACGCCUUUAAAACGCCCCCGUCUCACCCGGGCCACGUCCGGACCGGCUGCCAUCACCUCCCAGGUCCUGUCCCAGCCGGCGCAGAUCGCCGUCACCCCGGCCGUGCCGAUGUCCCAGCUCACCAGCCUGCCUCUGGGCAAAGUGGUCUCGACCCUCCCGCCCUCGGUGCUGGGUAAGACCCCAACCCAACCGCCUGCCGCCAGCUCCCCGGCCUCCCCGCUGCUGGGCGGCUACACCGUACUGGCCUCCGCCGGCAACGCCUUCCCCGGUGCGGUGGAAAUCCACCCGGACGCUCCCAACGUGACGGUGCUGAGCACCGCAGCAGCGACGGCUCAGGACAGCAGCACGGUGGUGAAGGUGCUCAGCCCUUUCCAGCUGCUGGCGCUGCCGGGGCUCGGUGCCGCCAUCCAGAACGUGACACAUGUGGGCGGCGGCGGCGGCACGGUGCUCAGCGUGCCCUCCGAGGGUCCCACGGCCGAGCACACCGCUGCCAUCGAGGUGACGGCGGUGGCCGAUGAAGCGGAGCAGAAGUGAAGGAGAGGGCCCUGCCAGGAGGGGACAUUCGUCGCGGCGCUCGGGGGAAUGGCCUUGGGUCUGCGUGGUGCAACGAGGGGUGCGGGUUAACGAGGCUCAGGGCGGCUGGAGCUGGGAGCAAGGAGGUGUGCGGGGCAGGCAGCGAGGGGAGGGAGGAUGCCCAGAGGAGAAGGGGGAGGGGGCGUGCCCUGCCCUGCUGGGAGGAGGUCUAAAAGAAGAAGAGAAAAAAAAAAAAAAACAAACAAACCAACAAAAAAUUAAGGUUAAGUUUUUAUAAAGCUUCCCUCCCUGCUCUCUUGGGGUAGUUACUUCACGCUGUGUCUGAGGAGCAGGGUCGGGUGUAGUGUGAGCUUCAGGAGCAUGGAGCGCUGAGCCGGCACCGAGCCGGGAGCCUGCAGGCAGCAGUGGUACAAGCGUGGGGCCGCUCGCUGUACCCAUCCCACAGCACAGAGGGGACACGGAGCCCGGGGCUGACCCUUGGGUGCAGGCACUGUGAGUGGGUGGCCCAGGUCAGAGCGAGGAGGAGCCCAGGUUGUGAUUCCCCAGAGAACAGAGGAACCCAGAGGGCCGGGAAGAGCUGCAACUUCUGGGGUUUUAGGGUCUCUUUUCUACUUUUCUCAAAAAAAAAAAAUCCGUUUUUAGGAUUUUUUUUUUUUUUUAAUUAAAGGCUGUGAGCACAUUACUAGAAUAAGGCAGAAUGGGGGGGGGGAGGGGCUGGGUGCAGAGCGAGGAGCUGAGCAGCAGCCCCGUGCCCAGCGUCCUGCUGGGUGCUGGCAUCCAUCACCCGCUGCAGGAGGAUGCUCUGCAGGAGCGGGGCUCUGGCCUCGAGCCGGACCCGGUGUCUGGGUGCUGGGAGGAGCUGGGUGCCUGAGGUGUGGGUUUUCUAUGAACUCGAUCUGGCAGCAGCAAUGACAGGUCGCUUCUACCAGCUAAUAAAUGGUUUUGGUUUCUUUUUUUCUGAAAGAGA